GUGGCACAUCGCAGUGCUGCCUUAACACAGUCUAUCGAUAGUGUCGCCGAUAGUUUGGCAGCUGUAUGAGCUAUCUCUACUCAUCUAUAGGGGAAAAAAUUAAACUAAAUUAUAUUAACAACUCUAACAUGUAGACAAAUUCUGAUUUUAUCAACAUGUCGACAACGCAAGUAAAUUUUUCUUCGAGCAAGGAGCUAGAGGUGAUAGAAUAUCCAGCUAAGGUUGUUAAUGCAGAAAAAAUGUUAGGAACACUAGGUGGUAUCACCAAUAUAUCGCAGGCUUUGGGAAGCGAACAAAAACGACUAGAACUUCGGUUUCAUCCAAAAAAUCCCUUUAAUAAAGUAGCUGGCGGCGAUGUUGUGCAAGGUGCCGGGUUGUUACUAUCUGUUAAGGUGCGGCGUUCCAAAAAACACCGAAAUCAGCCUUCUGAAUAUCGACUAUGCAUCCUUGGACAUUGCAAAAGAAGUUUUACAUUUAACACUUUAUGUGACUUCCAAUAUCUGCCUUUGUGCAAAGAGCCCCAAACGGAAACUUUAACGUUUAACUUAUUAAGUUUAUUUCCUCAGUCUGUAACAGACACAAAUUAUUUUUCGCGAACAAGUUUACCAUUACUUAGUUUACCUCACACAUUUGCUCGGGUCGACACAGUUAAUUCGACUAUAUUUCGGGCUGACCAACAAGAUGACGGCCAGCACGAUGUGCUGGGUGUAAUACAGAAAUCGUCAUACGACAGCCGCGACAUAGUACCCUUCAGUAUGACCGAUGUUUUUCCGGAACGCCCAGAUUUGCAAAUUGUCAAGCGAAUGAAAAUCAAAUAUGUGUCUGAUGAGCAACUACAGAAAGUCAAAUCCCUGUUCGAGGAAUGUCCCAUCUGGACGCGUAUAGCGUUGCUUUAUGAAUCUGGUGUAUCCCAUGAAAAGUUGAAAUGUAUAAUACCAUCGUUGUCAUACUACUUCUCAACGGGACCCUGGCGUACGCUGUACAUACGUUACGGCUAUGACCCGCGCAAAGACUUCAAAAGUCGUUAUUACCAAACAUUCGACUACCGAUUACGCUUCCGUUCAGGAAUGUCUGAAUUUGUGGCGAACAGAAGAGAUCAACUCAAGAAGCAAAAUGAGAGCGCCUACGAAAUGAACGAAUUGGUUCAAGAUAUAAAUUAUCCUUAUUUUGAGGAAAACAAACUACCACGUUCGCGUCAAUGUAUACUGCGAUAUUGCGAUAUUCAUAUGCCAAAAAUUCAAGAGAUGAUUGAAAAAAUACCCUCACCGCGGACGGGAGCAAUAUGCAAUGAGAAGACUGGAUGGUUACCAGCAGGGUUCGACAUGCAAGUGCGACACAUAAUGAGUAAUUGUAUUAAGGAAUUAUUGCGAAAUCAUUAUCGUAAAGGACAAAUCCACGCAGAAUUAGACUCCGUAGAGAAUUUGGAAGAUGCUGAGGGCGAGGUUACAUUUGAAGAUAAUUUAGAUAAUAGCGAUCUAAGUCAAGAAAUUUUUGACGAAUAAAUUUGUUUAAAAUGCGAAUAAAUAAGUCGUUUAAAAUGCA